UACAACUAGCAAAUCCCUUGCGCCCAAUCGCUUGGUCCAAAGGAAAAAAGAAAAAGGCCAAAUGAAAACCCGUCGAUAAAGCUUUCCUCUUUCCUUCCUCCAUCUGGGAAAACGAGCGAUAACGUAGUCAAGAUCCCAUCACCUGUUUCGUUCGGUUCGUGCUCAAUCUGUAGUACCAAUCUGCGUGCGCGUCAGAUUUUUCAAAGGAAGCUUCAUUCUUCUUCUUCCUUCUUCUUCUUCUUCUUCUUCCCCUCCUUGCUCUCGUUUCUUGAUUUGUCACGAGGGGAGAGAGAGGAGAGAGAAGGAAAACUGUUCUUGGAAGAAAACGGGUAGAGGGAGUUCUUUAAUUUAUCCAUAAAGAAACCAAAACCGGGGAAAAAGAGAGACAUUUGGUUUUUAAUGCGGAUCACGAGCACACCCAUUAAUGUUCGACGGGGGAAAAUGGAGUUUUACGAGCACGCAUCGACUCGGUUCAAUCUGCCGUCGAGUUCCGUAGCUGCGGAUCUCGUCGACAGGGUCCGAGAGAUGUGCAGUGUGGCAGUUUCUGCAAUUCUGGGCCACGUUUUCUCCGCGAUCUUCACGUUUUUCUUCGCAGUCGUGGGUACCUUACUUGGAGCGAUGACCGGAGCUUUGAUUGGCCAAGAGACAGAGAGCGGAUUCAUUCGAGGUGCCGCAGUUGGAGCCAUUUCCGGGGCUGUCUUCUCGAUUGAAGUCUUUGAGUAUUCCCUUCUUCUCUGGCAAUCAGAUGAAUCCGGUGUGAGGUGUCUUCUCUAUUUGAUCGACGUCAUUGCAAGCCUUUUAAGUGGUAGACUUGUUCGCGAGCGCAUUGGCCCUGCUAUGCUGAGUGCCGUGCAAAGUCAGAUGAGUGCUGUGGAAUCAAGAUUUGAGGAAGUUCAGAACAUUUUUGACACCGGCAGCAACGGGGCGAGAGGUUUGCCUGGAGAUUCAGUCGAAAUGAUUCCCAAAAUUACGAUUACCAAUGAUGAUAACGUUGAUUCUUCUGGGGAGAGAGUCUCUUGUUCAGUGUGUCUUCAGGACUUUCAGCUUGGAGAGAUGGUUCGGUGCUUGCCUCAUUGUCGUCACAUGUUUCAUUUACCUUGCAUCGAUAAAUGGCUCAUCAGACAUGGCUCUUGCCCAUUGUGUCGAAGGGAUCUUUAAAUUUUGUAAAUUCUAUAACAAGAAAAGAGUAGCUAUCUUCAUCUUCCAUGCUUGAUUGUCUUCAGUGCUUGUUUUUAUUUGACCCUUUAUUUAGCAAGGCAGUGGGUAGGUCCGACUUUUGUAGAGUUGCUCUGGCAGUGCCAGCAUACUAUAUACCCUGACCAUUAGAUGGUUUUGUUUGACUCUAUGUACAGAAUUUUGAUCUCCUACUUGAUUCUCAUGGUAUGUGAAGAUCUCCGUAUCCUGAUAUUUGAGAAAA